AUUUAUUUUAUUUUGAUUUUGCCUAAUUUUUCUGAUUAGACUUGUGCAGUUUCCCUAAGUUUUCUGUAAAAGUGAUUUUAUUUAUUGUAUUUAUCUAUAGUUCUCGCCAAUUCUUAAUCCGUUUCUAGGAAUGCAUACUCUAUGUGAAUCACUACAGUAGAAAUCGGUGAUGAUUUUAGAAAAUAAAAGUGAUUAUGCGUAUGUUUGGUUCACCUCUGGAUGCGUAAAAUUGCUAUCGGAGUAAAAUUGAUUAUCCUUUCUAGAAUUGAUUUUACUUAAAGUUGGGAUUUUUUAGCUUUUGAGUCUAGUAGCGAGUUUCACACUAAAAUUUAUUAUUCAACACACUUUUGCAAAAAGUACCGAAACAUAAAUUACUUUACCUUCAAGGCACUUUUAACUCAAUUCCCUCGGAGUUGUCAAUAGCGGCGCUAUCCCGGGAUAGCGGUCCGGAUGGGUGAUUCCGCUAUUGGAUGUUUAGCGGCCGCUAUUUGAUGUUUAGCAGGAAGCGGGAGUGGGGCACCUCAUACUAGUAUGCGAUACUCUUUCAAUUUGAGGUGUGAAUGAUCUAAUGGAAUCCAAAACAAGUGAGAAGGAAUCCAGUAGUAGUAAUUCAUUGUUCUACGAAGCUCCCCUUGGCUACACUAUUGAAUACGUUCGUCCAAACGGUGGAAUCAAGAAGUUCAGAUCAGCUGCUUACUCCAACUUCUCUAGGAAGCCAUCCUGAAACCGAUCUACUUUGCGCGGAACCUGUUUUUUCUUUUCAUUAGACUUAAAUAAUUCAGUACUCUACUUCGAAAGACGUCUUUCCAACUGAUUUUUCGCAAUUGUGCUUUCUUUGUUCUCUGUUUUCGGGUUCUGGUGGUGUACGAUUCUUUUUCUGAAACAAAAUGGCCAUGGAAGUCUCUGCAAUUGGUUUUGAAGGGUUUGAAAAGAGGCUAGAGAUAUCAUUUUUCGAACCGGGAAUAUUUGUGGACCCUGAAGGAAAGGGUCUUAGGUCUUUAACAAAAUCCCAGAUAGAUGAGAUUCUAGGACCUGCAGAAUGCACCAUUGUUUCCUCGCUAUCAAAUGAAAAGGUUGACUCUUAUGUUCUCUCUGAGUCCAGCCUUUUUGUUUAUCCAUACAAGAUCAUAAUCAAAACAUGUGGUACUACCAAAUUGUUGCUUUCGAUUCCUCCUGUAUUGAAGUUAUCCGAGGAACUUUUCCUUGGUGUUAGAUCAGUGAGAUACACCCGUGGAAGUUUCACUUUUCCAGGUGCUCAGUCCUUUCCACAUCGCAGCUUCUCCGAGGAAAUUGCAGUCCUUGAUAGCUACUUUGGGAAGCUUGGAUCAGGGAGCUCGGCUUAUGUUAUGGGUGGUUCAGACAGCCCACAGAAAUGGCAUGUCUACUCUGCUGCUGCAGAGUCUGUGAGCUUAAUUGACUCUGUUUACACUCUUGAGAUGUGCAUGACAGGUUUAGACAGAGAGAAAGCAUCGGUUUUCUACAAAGAACAGUUUAGUUCAGCAGCCCUGAUGACUGCGAAUUCUGGUAUUAGAAACAUUCUUCCAGAUUCACAAAUAUGUGAUUUUGAUUUUGAACCGUGUGGAUAUUCAAUGAAUUCUGUAGAAGGAGUUGCUGUUUCUACAAUUCAUGUUACUCCUGAAGAUGGUUUCAGUUACGCCAGCUUUGAGACAUGCGUGGAUAAUUUGGAGCUGAUGAAUCUGAAUCAAUUGGUUGUGAGAGUGUUGACAUGCUUCCAACCGAAUGAAUUUCUAAUAGCUGUGCAUGUGGACGUCGAAAGCAAUUCAUUUAUGCAGAACUGUUUGGUGAAUGUUAAAGGAUACUGUCGACAAGAGAGGUGUUACCAGGAACUUGGAAGAGGUGGCUGUGUUGUCUUCCAGAAGUUCAUGAAGACUUCUGGUUGCAGUUCACCUGUCUCAACUCUGAACUGUUGGAAAGAGGAAGAGGAGGAGUAGUAGUAUAUCAAUAAUCAAUUUAGUGUCUUUCAUGGUUUUUAUGUUUCAGUAAAAAUAAAGUUGGCUUUUGUGGCCUUUUGGGAUGGUACUUGUUUGUCAUUUAGUCCUCGGAUGACUUGAGGUACAACUGUCGUUGGUUGUUUAUUUUACAGUUUGGUUGUUGUUUUCAUUGUCUGUUGGAUUGAAUAAUUAUGUAUGAUGUUGGAGUACAUCUUUUAGACUUGUUUUUUCACUAUUCAUGUAACACUUGUAUGGGAUAUCUACUCAGUUCUAGUUUCUCCCUUGUUAUACUGAAAUAGUGAUUACUUAUAAUAUUAUUGACAAAUUAUUAUGA